AUGCUAUUAAACACAAGCCAUCUCAAUAACACACUUUCUUCAGGACCAAUCAACUCAACAUGCCAAACCUCUUCUUUAGAUGCAUUCCACCCAAAUCAAAACUUGUCACAACUUAUAGACUCACUUAGAGAAAUUUUGGGCGGUCAUGGUUUAUCGUCAGAGGAUAUUGAUAUUAACAAGAUAAAGCAAAUCAUGGAGCUGUACAAGUCGGACCCUGCUGAUUGGUCGCAAUUCGCCCUUCAUGACCCACUAAAGAGUUACUCGAGAAACGGUGUUGUCAACAUUAAUGGCAAUGCCAAUCUACUCAUAUUGAUUCUUCAAGGAGAAUUAACUGAAAGUUUAUACAAAUUGGAUGGCGAGAAUAAACCAAAGCUAAGUAAGGAGACUAUACUAGCUAAGGAACAAGUUGGUUACAUUUCCGACCAAAUCGGAUUGCACAAGAUCACCAAUACGCUGGACGAGAUUAGUGUAUCGUUACAUUUAUACACACCACCAUAUGCAGCAAUGUAUGGUUGUUCAACAUAUGAAGAAAACGGUACUAAACAUCAUGUUGACAUGUCCAAGUAUUAUAGCUGGCAAGGAAAGGUGGUGAACGAUGUCAACUCACUGAGUUGUUAA